AGCCCCUAAAGAGUGUGCCGGGCCAAAAAAAUUUUAAAAAUAUCUGGCGCUCUAGGUCGCGUUUGAUGGCUAUGGCGGACCACCGCCUUACGUCUUCGCUGCUGGCCUUGCCGCUCUUCUUCCUCGUCGCUGUGGUGAUCGCGGAUCCAGAUGCUAAGACCUGCGCGGACGCGGAGAAAGUUUCGGUGGAGCUCUACACCGAAUCGCUGUGCCCCUUCUGCGCGAAUUUCGUCGUCAAUUACCUCAGCAAGUUCUUUACAAAUGGCCUCAUUGAGAUUGUCGACCUGAAGAUCAUCCCCUAUGGAAAUGCGAGGAUGGAUUCCAGUGGUCACAUCACUUGCCAGCACGGACCCGACGAGUGCAAGCUCAACAUAAUCCAGUCAUGCGCUAUCCACCUCUGGCCAAAAGUGGAUGCGUGGUUCCCAUUUAUCUAUUGUCUCGAAUCUCUUCCCAGGGCCAUAGCUGCCGAGGCUUGGAAGAGUUGUAAUUCCUCCAUCGCCAACAUCACACUCGUGGAGGAAUGCUACAAAGGACCUACCGGUUUACUGCUCGAAAAAGGCUAUGCCAAGAUCACUGGCGAGCUUGAUCCUCCGCACAGAUAUGUUCCAUGGGUGGUCGUGAAUGGAAACCCGUUAUAUGAGGACUACGGAGACAUAGAGAAAUACGUUUGCGACGCUUACAAGGGUGACCACAAGCCACAGCUUUGCAAGUCCUUUGAGAGACGGUCACGAUUGGGGCUUAUGACGAGCAUCAAGGACAAAGCUUGCAUGGCGUAGCUUUGAAAAAAAUCCGAGAGAGAACCAUAUAAAAAUGUAAAUACUACACUAUUAUGGGUGUAAAUACUAUAGAAAAAGGGAUAGAGAGAGGCAUAGUAUUGAAAAAAAACUGCUACGCGUUGCAUGAAGCAACAGUUGAUUUACUUAAUGGUAGUUUUAUUAUUACUUAUUAAUCCAAUUGAUCAAA